AACCGCUGUUUGCCGACUUUGCCGCCAUUUGCUUUGCUAUAUUUGCCGUCGUUGCUGAUUGUUUUGCCUGGUUUUUGCUGUGUUGCUGUGUGUAGUUUACAAUUAACAAUUUUCAACAAACAAGCACAAAAUAGAAAUCAACUCAAUUUCUAUUUUGUGAAACAAGUAUAUAAUUUUGGGUUACCCAAUUUUGGUGGAUUUUCUUUAGCUCUCUGCUUUGAUUUAUUUCUACUAAACAAGAUAUUCAAUUACUAUUAACAUGCCUAAAAAAUCAAAGAAGGAAGACACCUCUGAUUCUUCAUCUGAUUCAGGCCCAGAGGAUAGGGAGCCAGUGAAAAAGAAGGUGAAGAGUGAUGGUUCAUUGCGUACUGACGCCAAGGAACCUACAUGGGAUUUAGGGAAUAAAAAAUUUGUCAAAAUUUCGGAAUUUAAAGGUAAAGUUUACGUAAAUAUUCGUGAGUUUUACAAUGCCGAUGGGGAUCUGAAGCCUGGCAAGAAGGGUAUAAUGUUAACUGGAGAACAAUGGCAACGCUUUAAAGCAUCCGUCGAUGAGGUCGAUGAAGAAUUCAAGAAGGCUUGUUAAAUUUCAUAAAUAUUAUUAUGUAAUGUUUUAUUUUUUUUGUAAAGUAUAAAAAUAAUUAAGGUGUUUUGUAUGUUAAGAAUUUCUAGGAAUUAACUUAAAUUAUUUACUUUGAUAACUGUUAUCAUUUAAAAUGAUUCAAAUAAAUAGUUGAUAAUGCA